AAGCCCAAUAAUAAUCAAAACAAAUUUGUUUAAUCGAAUAACUAUUUAAUAAUAAUUCUAGGGUAUGUUUCGGGGCGUUACACAAAGCAACCAAGGAAAUGGUUGAAGAGGAAUCAAGUGAUGAAGACAACGAGUUUGACCUCAUCAUCAAGAAAUUCCACAAAUUUAUGAAGAAAGAGCACGAGCGCAAAGGAAAGAAGCACGACGAUUCCCCGAAGUGCUAUGGCUGUGGCGAGAUUGGCCACAUCAAACCGAGAUGUCCAAAAGCCAAGAACGCCAAGGACAAACAUGGGCUCAAGAAGCAACGAGCAUACAUCUCUUGGGGAGGAGACUCCGGCGAUGAGUCAAGCGAGCAAGAGGAAGACGAGGAAACAAACCUUUGUCUCAUAGCUCAAGAAGAAGAGGAGUCAUCCAACCACAGAAACCAAGAG